GAAUGGCUUAUCCCGAGGAGCAAGGAGGCGUCCCCUGUGGUUUCCUCCGCCAGAAUUCCGGCAACUCGGUUUCCUUGGACUUCGAGCCCCACACUGAGUACCGGUUUGUGGAGCAAUUAGAAGAGCGAUACAAAUGUGCCUUCUGUCACUCGGUGCUUCACAACCCCCACCAGACGGGAUGUGGGCACCGUUUCUGCCAGCACUGCAUCCUAGCCCUGAGAGAAUUAAAUGCAGUGCCGCUCUGCCCUGUGGAUAAGGAGGUCAUCAAAUCUCAUGAGGUGUUUAAAGACAAUUGCUGCAAAAGGGAAGUCCUCAAUUUAUAUGUAUAUUGCAAAAAUGCUCCUGGGUGUAAUGCCAAGAUUAUUCUGGGACGAUACCAGGACCACCUUCAACAGUGCUUAUUUCAAGCUGUGCAGUGUUCCAAUGAGAGCUGUCGGCAGCCAGUCCUUCGGAAAGAUCUGAAAGAGCACUUGAGCGCAGACUGCCAAUUUCGAGAAGAAAAAUGCCUCUAUUGCAAAAAGGAGGUGGUAGUCAUCAAUCUACAGAAUCAUGAAGAAAACGUGUGCCCCGAGUACCCAGUACCUUGUCCCAACAAGUGUGUGCAGAUGAUUCCCAGAGCUGAGGUGGAUAAACACCUGGCUGUGUGUCCUGAAGCAGAACAAGACUGUCCUUUCAAGCACUAUGGCUGUCCUGUAAAGGGUAAACCGUGGAACCUGAAGCAGCAUGAGCACUCGGCCUUACGGGACCACAUGCUUCUCAUUUUAGAAAAGAACUUCCAAUUAGAAGAACAGAUUUCUGACUUGUAUAAGAGCCUAGAACGGAAAGAAAGUAAAAUCCAGCAGCUAGCAGAAACUGUAAAGAAAUUCGAAAAGGAGUUCAAGCAGUUCACACAGCUGUUUGGCAAAAAUGGAAACUUCCUCUCAAACAUCCAGGUUCUUGCCAGUCACAUUGACAAGUCGGCUUGGCUAGAAGCUCAGGUGCGUCAGUUAUUACAGAUGGCAAACCAGCAACAAAAUAAAUUCGAUCUGAGGCCUUUGGUGGAAGCGAUUGAUACAGUGAAAGAGAAAAUUACCCUGCUAGAAAGCAAUGAUCAAAGAUUAGUUGUUCUGGAAGGGGAGACGAACAAACACGAUGCCCACAUUAAUAUUCAUAAAGCACAGCUGAAUAAAAAUGAAGAGCGAUUCAAACUGCUGGAAGGCGCCUGCUACAAUGGAAAGCUCAUCUGGAAGGUGACUGACUAUGCGAUGAAGAAGAGGGAGGCGCUGGACGGGCACACGGUGUCCAUCUUCAGCCAGCCCUUCUACACUAGCCGGUGCGGCUACCGCCUCUGCGCCAGAGCCUACCUGAACGGGGACGGGUCCGGGAAGGGGACGCACCUUUCGCUGUACUUUGUGGUGAUGCGAGGGGAGUUUGACUCACUGUUGCAGUGGCCGUUCCGGCAGAGGGUCACCCUGAUGCUUUUGGACCAGAGUGGCAAAAAGAACCACAUUAUGGAGACCUUCAAGGCUGACCCCAAUAGCAGCAGCUUUAAACGCCCCGACGGGGAGAUGAACAUUGCCUCCGGCUGUCCGCGCUUCGUGGCUCACUCCACUUUGGAGAAUGCCAAGAACACCUACAUUAAAGAUGACACCAUCUUCUUGAAAGUGGCAGUGGAUUUAACUGACCUGGAGGAGCUUUAGGCACUGUUUCUGGGGGGAUACAAGGCCUUCUUGGGUCCAGGGCCGUGGAGGAAAUCUUUGGUUAGCCCGGUGACUGAAUUUCAACUCAGUCCACAUUUGUAUUUGGCCUUUGCCCUUAGCAUUUGAAGUCAGUUUAAAACUUUCUAAGUGCUGUCUUCUUUUUACAUUUAACUCUUUCCCAGUUUGAAAGUUAAAGUACUUAGGAUAUCCUCUUAUUUAUAUUUUUCUAUCUCUUGAAAGUUUAUUGAAAGCAAGGUCUGGGACAUCUCUUUUUUGCUGGUGCUUAGCAUGGGGUCUGAGGGUAGGCACUCUAUGUUAAAUGUCAAUGAGGACACAGGUGUAGAAUUCCCAGUUGAAAAUGCUUGGUAUUUGGUCUGCUGGUUCUAGACUUGACCAUACGCCUACAAAAGCCAUCUUCUAAGGGGGAUUGUUCCAGAUCAGUAGAUGGAUGGUGUAAUUACAAGACAGUAUGUCCAGUUGGAACAGACGUUUUUGAGUCAGAUCCUGAAUUACUACACCUCUAAAUAUUUUCAUGAAAGUCACCAGUAGUCAGCAGACACAAUUUUUGAAGGCUGCAUAAGUGGUGACAAGAGUAGGCAUCUUCAUUCUCCCUGCUGAAAUAAAGAAGAAAGUACCACAUAGCAUAUAAAAAAGGAGAUAUAAACAUCCAACUAAAGUCCAGAUUUUGUUAGGGUCAACCAUAUGGAAAACUGUUUUUAUAGAUCAAAAACAAAUAUUAAGAGUUUAAUAAGGUUCAACUUAAUGUAUAUAUGUGUAUGUAUAUGUAUACAAAUAACUUAAAAGUAUUUGGGUAAUAACAGUAAAUUAAUGUGAGGAUGGGCAGAAUUUAGUAUAUGAUGGAGAAAAUGUCAUAAAUGAAUGAGGAAUUUAAAACCUAGGGAAGACAUCAUUACAAUUUCCCAUGGGUGUCAGAAGCACUACCACCCAAAACUGAUUGCUAAAAACAGUUCUCCCAUUCUUCUUGAGAAAAUUUUUAUUUCAUAGAUUGGUAUGAAAAUGGGUAUUUAUAUAAACUUGUGACUGUUCUUGUUGCAAUCCUAAGUAUUCUGUGAAGAACAGAAGUGAUUAUGUUCUUAUCAUUUUUCUGUAUGGGUCUGAAGGUGUAUAUUUAAGUCAAGAUUGAGUCCUACUGACUCUUGAUACACCUGAGGUUAACAAAAAAUACCCAGUUUGCCUGAGCCCUAAUUCGUUCUCAUGCAACUGAGCACCACGCCCCUCCCCCCCCCAUGUGGCCUGGCUCCCUUGAUCCUGCAAGGACAAGUGCCACCAGCUGAGGGACACUCAGCGCAGCUCACUCAGGCGAUGACCAUGCACCUUACAACUGAACAGUUAACCUGAAGAAGAGGUAUGAUUUAUACCCGUGGCUUCUGGAAUAACUGAAACUUCCUUAAUCUCUUCUGUGAAAUUUUCAAGAUGCUAAAAAACUAAAGUGCAGAAAUCAUCUCAAAGGGUUAAAUUCAAAGAAAUAAGUUCACAAUAGAAACACACUCAAGAACUACACUGUAGCUGCUGGUAAACCCUGGUACAGUCGAUGGUCAACAUGUCAGAUCAGACAAACUCAGGAAGGCUUCCUCUAGACCACACAGGUGGUUCUCUGUGUUCGUUUUCAGUGUUUCUAAUCAAGUUCAAGAUCACCCCGUAUUCCUGGGGAGUGGGAGAUCAUAUUGUUGUAACUAGUUUUAAGUAGAUGAUGUGAAAAACAUUUUAAAGUGAAUUUAUUAAAAUACUAGUUUUGUGUUUUA